AUGGAGACCAAUGAUUCUGAGAAUUCGAAUGCAACCGGAAGUCCAUGGAGGGUAAAAAAGAAAGAAAAGAAACAAAGAUUGAUCGAGAAACUUGCCAAGUGCAGGUUGGGUCAACAGAGAAAGAGGGAACAGAUGAAACAAUCAAUGCAAGAAGCUGCUCUCAGGGAUAUUACAGAUCAAGGUGUAAGUUCGAGUUUAUGGAAGUUACUUUUCCUGAUUUUUAGGUUGUUUCAGACGUUUGGAGGGCCUAGACUUUCUAUACAUUGUCUUAGACUUUUUUGGUGAAAUGAUUACAUUGUAUUAGACGGGUUGAUCAAUACAUUUUGUAUUUUUCUUGUAUUUGAAAACGUUUCAGCAGCCCAAGGCCUCCACCCCUCAAAAAAGCCCAGAAGUGUCUCUCAGGAAGGUCAACGAUUCUGUAGAUGCCGAUCCAAACCGCAAGGUUCAAGAGCUAAAGGAGGCCCUCACCGAAUGUCAAGCUGAAAUCUCAAAAAUGCGAGCCAAAAACGAGGAGAUGACGGAAGAAGUUGAAAGAUUGAAGAAGGCUUUGAUAGAUAAACAAGAGAGGGUCAGACAAUUGCGAGAUGUUAUGGCGCGCCUCAGAUUUGGUCAGAUCUCUACUGCUGCUGGAUAA